AUGAAAGCUCGAAACUCGAAACGAAACAAGCUCGCGAUUACAGGUGCUCUGGCGCUUGGUGUCGUCACACUCGGCGGGUGCGACAACGCGGGUCAGGGGAUGUUCUCUGGUGCGGCGUUGGGUGCACUGACCGGCCUUGCUCUGGGGUCUCUGGACGGCAACGCCGGUGAAGGCGCGGUUGCUGGAACGAUCAUCGGAGCCGCGGGCGGCGCGAUCCUCGGAGACAUCAACGAGCGCGAGCGUGAGAACGCACGCUAUCGCGGAUCGGACCAUCGGUAUGACUCCCGAUACGAUCGUCGUCAUCGCUCGCACUCCCAUCGGCACGGUCACUACAACGAUCCGUGGUGGGAAGAGGACUGGCUGAUUCCUGUGCAGAUACGCAAUUUUUCUAUCAUCGCCCAUAUCGACCACGGCAAGUCCACGCUUGCGGAUCGUCUGCUCCAAGCGACCAACGCGGUGAGCGACCGCGAAGCGAAGGCGCAGCUGCUGGAUUCGAUGGAUCUUGAGCGCGAGCGCGGGAUCACGAUCAAGGCGUCCGCCGUGACGGUCAUGCACCAUCAUAACGGCGAAGACUACAUGCUCAACUUCAUCGAUACGCCGGGGCAUGUGGACUUCGGGUACGAGGUGUCCCGCGCGCUCAAGGCGUGUGAGGGGGCACUGCUGAUCGUCGAUGCGUCCCAAGGGGUCGAAGCGCAGACAGUGGUCAAUACAUACCUCGCGGUUGAGCAAGACCUGGAGAUUGUGCCUGUCCUCAACAAGAUCGAUCUCCCAGGUGCGCGUCCCGAUGAGAUCGCGGAUGAGGUCGAGCAGGUGCUCGGGAUCGACGCGAUGGACUGCAUCCCUGUUUCCGCGAAGACGGGCGAGGGGAUCCCGGCUCUGCUUGAUGCGAUCUGCGAUCGUUUCCCGGCUCCCGCGCCUCCGACAACGGAGAAGACGCGGGCGCUGAUCUUUGAUGCGGUCUACGACGACUACCGCGGCGUGAUCGUGUACUGCAGAGUGUUUGAUGGGAAGCUCAGGGUGGGUGACAAAAUUCUGAUGAUGGGUCUUGAGCGGACCUUUACGAUUACUGAGCUCGGGAAGUACAAUCCGAAGCCGGAGAAGUACAAGGAGAUCGGUGCGGGAGAGACGUGCUAUCUCGUCGCGGCGAUCAAGACGCUCGGCGAUGUGCGUGUGGGUGAUACGAUCACGAUUGACCACGAUCGCGCCGACGAGCCGCUCGCGGGAUAUGAACCUCCGGCGCAGAUGGUGUUCUGUGACUUCUAUCCAUCGACAACAGAGAAGAAGGGCAACGACUUCGAGGAACUCCGCGAGGGGAUGGAGAAGCUCGCGCUCAAUGACUCGUCGUUUUCCUACCAAGCGGUCCACUCAGAAGCACUCGGAUUCGGGUUCCGCUGUGGAUUCCUUGGUCUGUUGCACAUGGACAUCAUCCAGGAGCGUCUUGAGCGUGAAGCGGGGGUCGAGGUCGUCCAGACGGCGCCGACGGUAUCCUACAAGAUCAAAAUGCGCGGCAAGGGCAAUGAGAUCUUCGAGAAAGAGAUCCACAACCCUGCGGAUCUUCCCGACGCGGGAUUGAUUACUGAGUUUUCUGAACCGAUCUGCAAGGUUGAGAUCAUGACUCCGGAGCGGUACAUCGGAGAGACGAUGAAGCUGUGUCUGGAUCGACGCGGCAUCUUCAAGAACCAGACGUUCGUGAGUCAGGGACGCGACAUGCUGACGUUCGAGAUCCCGCUCGCGGAGAUUAUUUUCGACUUCUACGACAAGCUCAAGGGGAUCAGUCAGGGCUACGCGACGAUGGACUACGAGGUCACUCGCUACGACAAGAACGAGCUCGUCAAGGUCAGCAUCCUGAUCAACGGCGAUCCGGUCGAGGCGUUGUCAUUGAUCUGUCACAGGGAUCGAGCCGUGGCGCGUGGAAAGCUACUGCUGAGCAAGCUCAAGAAGCAGAUCGAUCGUCACCAGUUCGAGAUCCCGUUGCAAGCCGCGAUCGGUGGGAAGAUCAUCGCACGCGAGACGAUCAAGGGAUUCCGCAAGGAUGUCACGGCGAAAUGCUACGGCGGCGAUGUCUCGCGUAAACGCAAACUCCUCGAAGCACAGAAGAAGGGCAAGAGCAAGAUGAAAUCCAUCGGCUCGGUCAACAUCCCGCAGAAGGCGUUCAUGGCGGUGCUGGAUACGGGGGAGUGA